AUGAUCCUGCACCAUAGAACCGACCGCAUUGAAAAUGUGUCUGACAGACACUACACGUGGAUAUCAGUCGAGGCUAGGGCUCAACUACAGGACUGGGAGGCGAUCAAGGGCAUGUUCCAAGCCAAACCAACAGCACUGGGUAUAUUCGCCUCUAAAAAGACCGCGACAGUGGACAUCCCCAUCGGCAUAGAGAAUCUCAUCGAUGUGCUGCACAGACACCAGGCACCGCUCACUGUGAUACGAAAAUUCUAUAGUGCCAUUCAGGACAAGCAGGCGAGGUAUCUGGCGGUAGUCGCAGGGGAACAGGUGGACGACGCCAUAGACACGUGGGCCGAGAUGCGUGACAUGUCUGCUCUGAAGCAAUACCUGGUGGACAUCGAAGGGGGGAAACUGGGACUCAAUUCACGAGACAUCACUAUAUACGGUGAUCGUAUCAGACGAAUCAUUUAA